AUGCCCAUCUAUACCCCCACCACAAGUUCAGAUCCCGACGUGGACUCGCACAAAAUGAAGCUCGUCUAUUUCAGCAACGAGUUUCCAAGGGAAGACUUGCAGGAUGUGUUCCGCCGCCUACACAACCACAGCAGGGACAAGCAUCACCCAAUCUUAGCUCAAUUUAUAUACGAAGUCACUUGGGCCAUCAAGGAAGAAAUUCGGCAGCUUCCAACGGAGCUCAAGCAGCUGAUUCCACCAUUUGAGUCUGUCUUCAGCUGGGCAGAAAAUACGGAGCUUCGAGAAGGCUUGAUCUGCGGCGCCGUAGAUGGAGUCCUGCUUGUUGUCGUUCAACUGGCUACUUACAUUGGAUAUGCAGAGAACAGUCCUGACGAAUUAACGGACUUUGCAAACACGAGCCUUGCUGGUCUUGGAAUUGGACUUCUAGCAUCAACUGCUGUGUCGUUGUCCUCCACGUUGGCCGACUUGCCACUCGCGGGUGCAGAUGCUGUGCGUUUGGCCUUUCGCCUAGGCAUCCAUGUCCUGGGCAUGUCGGAAAACUUGGAGGCACGCGAUCUGUCAGAGACUCCAGAUACAUGGGCAUAUGUUGUUCAUAAUGUCGAUUCAGACGCCACCCAGAAGGAGCUCGAUACGAUACACUCCCGAGAGGGAGUUCCCAAUACUGGAAAGAUAUUCAUUAGUGCCGUUAGCCGAACUUCUGUCACAGUGAGUGGACCACCGGCUAGGUUAAAAUCACUGUUCAAUAAGUCAGACUUUUUCCGCGAGUCAAAAUUCAUUCCACUUCCAGUCUAUGGUGGUCUCUGUCAUGCACCACAUAUCUACGGUAUUCAAGAUACGCAAAGUAUCGUCCGUCGCAGCUCGUUGAACACGGUCAACAGAAAGGCUUGGCCAACGACACCAAUCUACUCUACUAGCACCGGCCUAGAGUACCCCGCUAAGACUGCUGCUAAGCUGCUAGAAGGUGUAGUUUCGGAGCUUCUUACUCAAGCAAUAUACUGGGACCGGGUCAUAUCAGGGGUCGUCGAAAAAGUUGAAACUGCUGUUGCCACGGAAGCGGUGUUGUAUAGCUUCGGUAACUCUAUUCCUCUCAACGACUUAAACUCGGCUUUGAAAAGUAGUAUCACGCAUCCAGAAAUCACGCACAAUAAUCUCAUGACAUGGGUCGCACAAAUCCCACCAAGAGGAAGUACACCACGCGGCACCGCACAGUCCAAGCUCGCUAUUGUCGGUAUGUCCUGCAGACUCCCUGGAGGCGCGACAAACACCGAGAAGUUCUGGGAGAUUCUAGAGAAAGGCUUGGACGUUUCGAGGCGAAUCCCAGCUGAUCGUUUCGAUAUUGAUGCGCACUACGACCCAACGGGCAAGGAACUUAACAAGACUAUGACGCAAUAUGGCUGUUUCAUUGAUGAGCCUGGCUUGUUUGAUGCGCCCUUUUUCAAUAUGUCCCCGCGAGAAUCCCAGAUCGUCGACCCUCAGAUGCGUUUAGCUCUUGUUACCGCGUACGAGGCGCUUGAACGUGCUGGCUAUGUCGGUAACCGUACGGCGGCUACACAGUUGCAGCGCAUAGGUACAUUCUACGGCCAAGCCGCUGAUGACUACCGCGAGGUUAAUCAAGGCCAAGAGGUCAGCACCUACUAUAUUCCAGGUGGUUGCCGAGCCUUUGGUCCUGGCCGUAUCAACUAUUUUUUUAAGUUUGCUGGUCCCAGCUACAGCAUUGAUACAGCAUGUUCAUCCGGACUUGCCGCGAUUGAGGUCGCAUGCCAGGCCCUUUGGAACGGCGAAGUCGAUACCGCCGUCACAGGAGGUGUCAACGUAUUGACCAAUCCAGACGGCUUCGCCGGACUGUGCAACGGCCACUUCCUCACCAAAGGACACAACGCGUGUAAGACAUGGGAUAGCACUGCCGACGGGUACUGCCGAGCUGAUGGCGUUGGCUCUAUUGUCAUUAAAAGGCUGGAAGACGCCGAAGCAGAUAAUGAUAGUAUCUUAGGAGUCAUUCUUGGUGUUGGCACGAACCAUUCUGCAGAGGCGAUUUCCAUUACUCAUCCGCAUGCUGGCCACCAGGCAUAUCUGUCACGUCAGGUACUUAGACAGGCCGGCGUGGAUCCUUUAGAUGUGUCGUACGUCGAGCUCCACGGUACCGGCACUCAAGCUGGUGACCAUGAAGAGAUGCAGGGUAUCUUGGAUGUUUAUGCUCCUCUCACUAGGCGUCGUAGUAAAGGCCAGCCCUUACAUAUUGGCGCUGUAAAAGCAAACGUCGGUCAUGGUGAAUCUGUUGCAGGGACAACGGCAUUGAUAAAGGUACUGCUAAUGCUGCAAAAAAACGCCAUCCCGCGGCAUAUCGGUAUCAAGACGGAAAUAAAUCCAAAUUUUCCCCGAGACUUCAAUAAACGCAACCUCCACAUUCCAAUGGAAAUGACCUCUUGGCCGCAGGUGCCUGGGAAAAAGCGCCUUGCAGCAGUCAACAAUUUUGGUGCCGCCGGCGGGAACACAACCAUGGUCCUGGAAGAGCCACCUAUUCGCGAGAUCACCGAAACAGACCCACGUAAAGUUCAUAUCAUCGCUACCUCGGCCAAGGUUAAAACAUCUUUGGCUGGAAAUAUUAAGCGCUUGAUAGCCCAUCUUGAUAACCACCCAGACAUUAAUUUAGCUGAACUUUCAUACACGACAACUGCCCGACGCUAUCAUCACACGCAUCGCGUGGCAAUUGCUACCACUGAUGUCGAUCACUUGAAAAAGCAGCUGAAGUCUCGCUUGGAAAAAAUCGAUUCGAUUAAACCCGUUGGAAAAUCCGGAAUGCCACCAGUCGCAUUCAGCUUCACAGGUCAAGGUGCCUCUUACAAGUCGAUGAAUUUAGAAUUAUACCGCGAUGUACCUACUUUCCGAGAGCAUAUCCAGUACCUCGACUCUCUCGCCCAAGGCCAAGGCUUUUCGUCAUUCAUUCCUGCUCUUGAUGGAUCAUAUCCUCAAGAUCAUGCUCAUUCUGCCGUCAUUACUCAGCUUGCCUUGGUCUGUACUGAAAUUGCUCUAGCUAAAUAUUGGUCUUCUCUCGGAGUCAAGCCGGACGUCGUCAUAGGCCAUAGCCUAGGGGAGUACGCAGCAAUGCACAUAGCCGGCGUGGUUUCUGCUAGUGACACCAUAUUCAUGGUUGGACGUCGGGCUCAAAUGCUGGAGCAGAAGUGCAAGAUUGGCAGCCAUAGCAUGAUGGCUGUUCGAGCUUCUCUCACUCAGAUAGCUGAAAGCUCAGAAGACAAGCCCUUCACAGUUGCUUGUAUUAAUGGACCUUCAGAUACAGUGCUUAGCGGGACCAAGGAACAAGUGGACGACAUCUCAGUCUCACUUGAAGCGGCCGGGUACCGUUGUAUCAAGUUGGAUGUCGCUUUUGCUUUCCACUCAGAACAAAUGGAUCCUAUUUUAGAUGACUUUGAAGCUAUUACAACAACAGGAGUUCUCUUUCAAGAGUUAAAAAUGCCUGUUAUCUCACCCCUGCUCGGCAAAGUCAUCUUUGACAGCAAGACGUUGAAUGCAAACUAUGUGCGGCGAGCCACUAGACAGACCGUGGACUACCUCUCUGCGAUAGAGAAUGCUCGUAAAGUCUCUACCAUUAGUGACGAGACUAUCUGGAUCGAAAUUGGACCCCAUCCUGUCUGUACUGGUUUCAUCAAAUCCACCAUUCCGUCCACACAGCUCGCCAUACCAUCAAUCCGUCGCGGUGAAGACAACUGGAAGACUAUGGCUGAGAGCAUGGCUGCUCUGCAUCUUGCUGGUGUUGAAGUUGGUUGGAAUGAGUUCCAUCGUCCUUUCGAACGUAGGCUCCGCCUCUUAGAUCUGCCGACAUAUGCCUGGAAUGACAAGAAUUAUUGGUUGCAGUACAAUGGCAACUGGUGUUUGACAAAGGGCAAUACUUUCUAUGACAACGAGAAGGGAGCUGAUGCAGCCAAGACCUUACCAAAGGCUUUACCAGCAAGCGAGAUUCAGACUACAACGGUACAGCAGAUAAUAGAAGAGAACUUUAAUGGCUCUGCUGGUACAGUGAUCAUGCAAUCGGAUCUGAUGCAGGCAGAUCUACUAGCUGCCGCUCAUGGGCACAGCAUGAAUAAAUGCGGCGUUGUUACAUCUUCCAUCCACGCGGAUAUCGCAUACACCCUUGGUAACUAUCUGCAUCGCAAGUUGAAUCCUAAGGCCAAGAACGUCAACAUGAGUAUUUCCAAUUUAGUCGUUACGAAGGGUCUUGUUGCUCAGACAAACAAAAAAAAACCUCAGCUAUUCCGUGUGACCGCUGCCACUGCCAAUAUAGCCUCAGGUAUAGUCGACUUAACUUGGCAAAAUGUGGACAAUGAUGGCAACGUUUACCAGCCAUUCGCUACCGCCAACAUUUAUUACGGCGAUGCAACUGAGUGGCUCUCUUCUUGGGCGCCUGUUGCGCAUCUAGUCCUUGGCCGUAUUGACGCGCUCGAGCAAUUGGCGACGCAAGGCAAAGCUAGCCGCUUUUCGCGCAAUAUGGCAUACACGCUUUUUGCCAGCAAUUUAGUCACCUACGCCGAAAAGUACCGCGGCAUGCAGUCUGUAGUCAUACAUGAUCUAGAGGGAUUUGCCAAUGUACAGCUGACUACCAAGGAAAGUGGUGUGUGGACCGUUCCUCCAUACUUUAUUGAUAGCCUUGCACACUUGGCUGGCUUCAUAAUGAACUGCUCCGAUGCCAUGGACACACAAAACAAUUACUGCGUCACUCCGGGUUGGAAUUCCAUGCGGUUCGCAAAGCAUCUAGUCCCCGGGGCAAAGUAUCUUUCGUAUGUCAAGAUGAUCCCGACAGCUGAAGACCCCACAAUCUACUUUGGUGAUGUGUAUAUCUUGCAAGACGAUGCCAUCAUAGGUGUCGUUAAUGGAAUACAGUUUCGUCGUUACCCUCGCAUUCUGCUCGACCGAUUCUUCUCGCCACCAGAUAAGAUUACUGUUAGUGAGAGCAACCCAAAACCCACCCCUUCUCGCACUGCAGUUCCCGUGUCAGCAUCACCAAAGUCCGCCAUACCAGCACCAAAGCCGACAGUCGCUCAGCCUGAUCUAGACACUGGAAACGAUGAUGGAAAGAGCAAGCCUUCUCCCAGCAAUACUCCCACUCCUAUGCCAGCUCCGACCGAGAAUUUAACACCCACGGUCACGGAUACCGCCGGUCCAUCCAUUGAGACCACCGCUGCGUCUGGCAGUGUCACUGCUAAGGCGAUUAUGCUCAUUGCGAACGAAGCUGGUCUCGAUCUUUCCGACAUGGAGGAUGACGCCAGCUUCGCUGCGCUCGGUAUUGACAGUUUGAUGUCGCUGGUCAUAGCGGAGAAGUUCAAAACUGAGCUGGAUAUCAAGGUCAGUGGCAGCCUUUUCUUGGACUAUGAGACGAUUGGAGAUUUGCGGGAGUGGCUGGAUGAAUACUACAACUAG